GCGAACGUUUUUUAGAGCGUCAAACAGAGCGGCACUAAUUUUGUUUGUCGGCGUUGUCACUUCAAAUGCAAAACUUACAGGUCACCAUUCCGCGUGUGGCACUCUAGAGGUCCCUGCCCCGAACGGUAUACCUCGCGUGGAUCAAUUUUGCAAGCCAUGGCUGGCCAGCCUUCCAGAGGUAUACAAACAACGCUUCUGCUUGUGCAAGAUGGGCUACGUACGCAACGCUUGGGGACAAUGCAUCAGGAUAGAAGAGUGCUAUGACUGCCUUUUCGCCGCCAACAUGGAUUUCAACCAUUGUUCCUCGGCAUGUCCCCACAUCUGCGGCUGGUUAGCACCUGUGGCCUGUACCCAGCAGUGCCUAAAAGGUUGCGCAUGCGCACCAGGAUUUCUCAGGGCUUUCCCUAAGGGACCGUGCGUAGACGCGGCUCUGUGUCCACGUAGAUGUCCUGGAGUUCAUCAGAUUUUCACAACAUGCUCUCCGCUAUGUCCACGGACUUGCCGUAAUCCUCACCCAAGAUGGUGUCCGCCAGUCUGCGGCGGUCCACGCUGCAUCUGCGAGCCCGGCUACGUCGCGUUAACGAUGCAUCCGCUCACCUGCAUCCAUCAAGAUGAGUGCCACGAUCGCUACCUAACAUGCCCGCGGCCCCACCAAGAGUACACGUUUUGCAAGUCCCAAUGUCCUGUCACGUGUACUGACGACGGGCCACGUUCCUGCGCUAGCCAAUGCGCAGGACGAGGCUGCGUCUGCAGGGAAGGCUACGUUCAAUUAGAGGCGGAUCCUCUGGUAUGCGUUCGACCCCAGGAAUGCCCGCCCAAGUCAAUGUGCACCGGUCGAGGCCAGAUCUACACGACCUGCAUGUCCCGCUGCCCUGACACUUGCUCAGACACAAUGCCUCGACACUGCACUUCUGACUGCGCAGGGCAAGGAUGCGUUUGUGACAAAGGGUUCGUCCAGUUACAAGCGGAGCCGCUCAUAUGUGUUCGCAGGAAGGAAUGUCCCGCAAAGCCAGAGGAGUGUCCGGGUGCAAACCAGGUUUUCACCCGCUGCAAACCCCGCUGCCCGGCCACUUGCUCCAUCAGCGGACCUCAACCGUGCGCUGCCGACUGCGCGGGUCAAGGAUGUGUGUGCAAGGAUGGUUACGUGCAGCUGCAAGAUACGCCGCUGAUCUGCGUUCGACGGGAAAAUUGCCCGGUCAUGCCGAAGGUGUGCCCGGCUCCCAACCAGCAGUACACGUCUUGUAAAUCCCGCUGCCCUGUCACUUGCGCAAACAAGGCCCUUAGCACGUGCACACACGAAUGUGCAGGACAAGGCUGUGUCUGUAAGCCUGGGUACGUGCAGCUACGGGAUGAACCGCUGAUUUGCGUGCCGCCUGAUAAGUGUCCUGCCUUGCCGGAGCGUUGCAAAGGCCCUAACCAGGAGUACUCGGAAUGCGUGAGUUUGUGCCCGCCGACUUGCUGGGAGAGGAAUCCUCGCCCGUGCGCGGCCGUAUGCGCGGGCCAGGGUUGCGUUUGCAAGGCGGGGUACUUUAUUUUGAAGGAGAAUCCUUUGAUAUGCGUCGAUCCGCAACAGUGCUAUUACGAGGGAAAUAGGAGCCUGCCGCAGCCUUCACCGUUUGGGAUGGUCACUUCAGCUUCAAAUUCAUUUAACCAAGGGCCGCGUCCUGGAAUUUUUGACACAGUGAAGAUGCAGCUUGCUGCAUUUACAGCCACAUGCAUAGUGGCAUUAUUUAUUUAUGUUGACCAGGCCACAACUACAUGCACUAGGCCAUGCACGACAUGCACAACCACGUGCGGUCCUUUGGAGGUACCCACCCCAGCAGGAACGCGGGCUCAGGACCACUUUUGCAAGCCAUCGGUAACAUGCCAGAACGAAGUAAACAGGCUGCGCGUUUGUGUGUGCAAACCAGGUUACGUUCGCAACGCUUGGGGCCACUGCAUAAGGAAGGAAGACUGCUGCAGCUGCCGCCGGGCAGCCAACAUGGACUUCAAUCCUUGUUCGUCGUCCUGCCCGAAGACCUGCGGUGUGCCUGAGAACAAGGACUGCAGCCGACUCUGCGUUAGGGGCUGCGCCUGUGCCCCGGGAUAUUGGAGGGCCUAUCCGCAUGGACCGUGCGUCGCCCCCAACCAGUGCCCCAGCGGUGCUCCACUCCCAAGUCCAAUCACUUGCCCCGGUCCCCACCAAGUGUACACAGCCUGUUCGUCACCGUGUCCCAUUACUUGUGCUAACCUCAACAACCCGCCUACGAGCUGUCCAGCGGCCUGCGGAAACCAGCACUGCGUUUGCGCACCUGGAUAUGUUGCUCUACAGCUCAACCCACUCACAUGCGUUCGUAUAGACGAGUGUCCCGGCCGUGAACGGCGAUGUCCUGGCCGCAACCAGAAGUACACAACUUGUAAGUCCCGCUGCCCCGCUACUUGUGCUAUCAACCGUACCCGCAUCUGCCUUGCAGAAUGCGCCGGCGAAGGGUGCGUCUGCAGGCAAGGUUUUGUCAUCUUGCAAGAGAAUCCCCUCAUUUGUGUGCGCCGAAAGGACUGCCCAGCCAUGGGCACUCCAAACAAGUGCCCCGGUCCUGGAGAGGUAUUUACGACUUGCAAAUCUCGUUGCCCACCCACCUGCUGGGACAGUGAACCUAGAAACUGCACUGCUGACUGUGCCGGCGAAGGGUGCGUGUGUCGGGAAGGUUUCGUGCAGUUGCAAGAUAGACCCUUGGUCUGCGUUCGGCGCGACAAAUGCCCAGCUCCGCCAGUGACAUGUUCCGGCGCACAUCAGGUGUACACCCCUUGUAAGUCGCGCUGCCCUGCCACGUGCUUGAACGGUGGACGUAGUGUAUGUAGCAAUGAAUGCGCAGGCCAAGGAUGCGCGUGCAGGAAAGGUUAUUUCCAGCUACAAGCGGAACCACUUGUGUGCGUCACAGAGGAAGUGUGCGCCAUCAUGUCCCAGAAACAGUGUUCAGAAGAGAACCAGGUGUUCACGUCUUGCAAAUCGGCUUGCCCUGCUACUUGCGCUGACCAUGGCGUUCCUCGCGUCUGCGGCAAUCAUUGCGCUGGCCAAGGAUGUGUCUGCAAGGAAGGAUUCGUUAUGUUACAAGAGGUGCCUCUCAAAUGCGUCCGCCGCGAUCAGUGCACGGUCGUGCCACAACAGUGUGCAGAUGAAAACCAGGAGUUCACGACUUGCAAAUCGCGGUGUCCUGAAACGUGCAAUGAACCUGGCCCCCGCUCGUGCACCAGGGAUUGCGCAGGGGAAGGGUGUGUCUGCAAGCGAGGGUUUGUCCAGCUACACGAGCACCCGCUUAUAUGCGUCCGCCGCGACAAGUGCCCAGCGAGGCCAGAGCAGUGCGCAGGCGCCAACCAGGUAUACACGUCUUGCAAAUCUAGCUGCCCUGAAACUUGCACAGAAGUUGGUCCCCGUGUGUGUACAGCCAACUGUGUUGGCCAGGGAUGCGUCUGCAAGGAAGGUUAUGUUGAGCUACAAGCCAACCCACUUAUUUGCGUUCUCCGCGAACAAUGCCCGUCCAAGCCACAGCAAUGUGUGGGUGCUAACCAGGUGUACACACCUUGCAAAUCGCGCUGCCCUCGAACGUGCUCAGAUAGUGGACCACGUGUGUGUACCCGUGACUGCGCAGGCGAAGGAUGCGUCUGCAAGGAAGGGUAUAUUCAACUACAGGAGAAUCCGCUUAUUUGCGUUCGCUCGGAACAGUGCCCGGCCAGACCAAAGCAGUGCACAGGGGCUAACCAGGUGUACACGACGUGCAAGUCACGCUGUCCCGCCACAUGUACGGACAGUGGUCCUCGUGCAUGCGGUGACGGCUGCGCAGGCCAAGGGUGCGUCUGCAAAAAAGGUUAUUUCCAGCUACAAGCCAAACCGCUUAUAUGCGUCAGUCACGAAAUUUGCGAUGCAAUGGCAGAGCAGUGGUGUCCCGGUGAGAACCAGGUAUACACUUCAUGCAAAUCGAGCUGCCCUGCCACGUGUUCUGGUGAGGAAAGUGGCUUAUGCCCUAACAAAUGUGCAGGUAAAGGAUGUGUGUGCAAAAAGGGUUUCGUGCAAUUACAAGCAGAGCCGCUGGUCUGCGUCCGGCGGGACAAUUGCCCUGCAAACCCAAAGUACUGUGCAGGAGCAAACCAGGUGUACUCGCCUUGCAAGUCACAGUGUCCCGCUACUUGCUCAGAUUAUGGUCCUCGCGAGUGCGACCGUGAAUGCGCGGGGAAAGGAUGCGUCUGCAAAGAAGGAUUCGUCGAACUGCAACAGAGACCACUGAUUUGCGUGCGCCGCGACCAAUGCCCCGCCAGACCUGAACGUUGUCCAGGUCCAAACCAAGUGUUCACCUUAUGCAAAUCUAAAUGCCCUGAAAAUUGUUCAGACAAGGGUCCUCGCGUCUGCAGUGCUGACUGUGCUGGCCAAGGAUGCGUUUGCCGGCAAGGCUACGUGCAGUUAAAAGCUGAGCCAUUGGUCUGUGUGCGGCGAGCCGAGUGCCCGGAGAAGCCAAAGCAGUGUAAACGCGCCAACCAAGAGUACACGUCGUGUAGACCGGGCUGCCCGGCCACUUGCUCAGGUAAAGGUCCGAACACUUGCAGUACUGAGUGCGAUGGUGAAGGAUGCGCUUGCAAGAAAGGCUUCUUGCAGCUACAAAGGAGGCCCCUUAUAUGCGUGACGGAAGAAAUAUGUGCCGUCAUGGCGCAGCAGUGGUGUCCUGGUGAACAUCAGGUGUACACGCCUUGCAAAUCGCUCUGUCCUGAGACUUGUUCGGACGAUGAUACUCCCGAGUGCGCUGAUGAGUGCGGAGGCCAAGGGUGUGUCUGCGAAGAAGGUUACGUCCAGUUACAAGCGCAACCGCUCAUCUGCGUCCGCAGGAAAGAAUGCCCGGCCCGGCAAAAGAAGUGCAAGCGAGCCAAUCAGGUGUACACGACUUGCCGAUCCCGGUGUCCUCCCACAUGUUCCGAUAAAGUACCGCAGGCUUGUGGGGCUGACUGCGCAGGCGACGGAUGCGUUUGCAAACCAGGCUAUUUCCGGCUGCAAAAGAAACCGCUUCUGUGCGUUACUGAAGAAACUUGCGACAGCUCCUACCAGGUGUGCAAUGGUACGAACCAGAUGUUCUCGCUUUGCAAAUCCCUCUGUCCUGAAACGUGCUCAGACGACGGUCCUCGCUAUUGCAGCAGUAAAUGUGGGGGCCAUGGAUGUGUGUGCAAGGACGGAUACGUCCAAUUGAAGGCGGAGCCACUAACUUGCGUUCGCCGUGAGCAAUGCCCGUUUAAGCCAAAGGUCUGCCCGGUUUCCAACCAGGUGUACACCACCUGUAAAUCGCGCUGCCCGGCCACUUGCACGAACAAGGAACCUGGUGCGUGCACGUACGAGUGUGCCGGAGAAGGAUGUGUCUGUAAGAGAGGUUAUGUCAUGCUGCGAGAGACACCCCUUCACUGUGUCCGCGCCACUGAAUGUCCGGCCACGCCCGAACGUUGCCCUGGUGUUAACCAAGUCUACUCAAAUUGCAAGUCUCCAUGCCCUCUUACUUGCUGGGAUUCCAAAGCUCGCGCCUGUCCAGCAACAUGCGCCGGCGUAGGCUGCGAAUGCAAGAAGGGAACGGUAAUGUUGCGGGAGAAACCACUCACGUGCGUCAAGCCGCGACAAUGCUUUGACAUUGCCAACGCCGCUAAUCCGGAGCUGAUUGCAACAAUGUCAGAGGCGAUUACAAAUUCGAGCGUGGGACCAGGUGGGCUACUUUUUCCAGAGGGCCACGAGAGGCCCACACAACCAAACUUGCCAACUACGACUGCAAGUGUGGGUCCGGGCGGCAUGGCGUUUCCAGGAGAGCCAGCCGAGCAGGCGCCUCCACCGGCCUUGCCUCCUCUGCCUACGUUACCAACGCCACGCCCGAGUGAAGUGCCUGGUGCUCCAGAAGGUCCGACAGUUCCCGCUACGCCUACUCUGCCAAGCCGGCCUUCACAUCCCGAAGGUCCUGCGAUGCUACCAAGUAUUCCACCAAGUGCACCUGUAAGACCAGAAGCACCCGCAGUUCAGUCUCAACCAACUGUCCCAACAUCAAGCAUGCAACCAAGCGUCCCGGCGUAUGCAACACCAAUGGCGCCGGCUCAACCAGGAUACACUUCGGUGGGCGGGUUCCCAGUCAUAAGACCAAGUGGUAUGCCAGGUGCACCAGUAUAUCCAGGAGCCACCAUGAUUCCCGGUCAUGCAGGCUUCCCAGUAGUUGCGACGCCAAUGGUACCGGGUGCCACAGAUGAAGAACCCGCUGUGAAGGCUUUGAGCAAACCUCACUACUAAAUGUUGAACAGCUCGUUGCUCAACAUCUUUCGGAAGAAAUUUCGCCCGCGCUGUGUUUGUAACGUUGUCAUGGCUAAGAGUGGACAUCAUAUUUGCACGCAAUUAUUAGGCGGUCAAUAUUAAAGCAAGUUAUGAAUUUCGGAGUAGUAUUUGUCAAUUUAUUAAAUAAAAAAUUUCUGCCAUUA